UUACAGCAUGAAAUUCACCCUAAGCACCAUCACCAAAUGUUCUGGCCGGUUGGGCGUUUUGGGCGGCUUGGACCGAUUGCCCGAUCUGUCCCUCUCGACGCCGGCAAUUAUAUUUCACACAAAGGGUGGCAGCAUACCGCACCUAAGCAAAGAAGCCCUGCAGCAUGUGUGCCAUGAACCGACCUUUUUGCAUCUCAGCAUUUCCAGCACGCUUCACAUGCAAGACGCGAUCCAAGCAAGCCGCAUGACGAUUGCAGAAUUUAUCGCACAAAACAACAGUGCCACGCUGCUUUUUCCUCGCGAUCCAAGCGAAAUUCCUAUCCCGGGUGUGCCGGAGAAGGAACUGGUGCCAGUGUACACGCGUAACGGGCGUAGAAACAUUAGCUUGGAACAAUACAUGACGCUGGUUGAAUCGUUCCGACCCGAUGCGUACGUGCCGAUGUACGAUGGCGACACGGACAUGCAUAGUUCGAAGAAGCGUGAACAGAAGUCACUCGAUCGCACGGAAAAGUUUGUGGAGCAAUGUCUCGAAUGGCACCGUAAAUCGGACACGUUACAUUCCUGCUCCAUUAUCGGUCCCGUUGUCGGAGGGUAUAAUGAAAAUUUGCGUGAAAAAUCGAUCGAAUGGCUGAAAAAAUCGGAUGAACUGUUUGCUGGAUACUUAAUCGAUGGAUUGCACCUGAACGGCCCAUCGGUGGCGCGAAUGGAUGGAACGACCAUGCUACCGAUCGUUACCAACGUUUGCAAACAGCUACCGGAGGGGAAGGUUCGCUUUUGCUUUGGUUCGUACGAUCCAUUGCUUGUGCUCGAGAUGGUUGCGGCCGGAGUGGACAUUUUUGACACGAGCUACGUCUAUCUGAAGGCGGCCCAGGAACAUCGUGCCUUGGUGUUUUCGUUCGAUGUCACCUCUACUGAGCAGCAUACGACCGAAUUGGACACCACCGAUAAACGAUGGGCGGAAGACUUUGCCCCCCUGAUGGCCGGUUGCCGGUGCUACACGUGCCAGAAACAUUCCCGCGCGUAUGUGCACCAUCUGUACAAUACGCGUGAAAUGCUUGGUCCUAUUCUACUUAUGCUGCAUAAUCUGCACCAUUACAUCGAGUAUUUCAAAACGAUCCGGGAGCACGUGCGAAACGAUACCCUACCAGAAUUGAAGAAGCACUUGGCCGGACAGGAAACUCUCCCUCCAUAUGAACCAUCGAAGGAGGAAAAAAUUCUAACACCAGCAGCGCAGAAAGAUAUCGUCGAGGUAGCAGAGGGAUCACUCGACAAACAGAACAAAAAGCAACGUGCGUAAAGUGAUAACAACCGUGAAAUUGGUUUACCGUUCAAUGUUGCAUACUAAGAUAAUAACAACUAACGUCUCUACUAGAAACCAAAGCCUUCCUUUCAUUAGAACACUUAUUUACCAGGAUCUUUACAUACAGAAUCCCGCGAAGAAAAUCAAACUUCUACGCAAAAUUGGCGAGUGGCACGCAUCGCGACCAUGUUGAGCAAAUAGCACAGUUGCAUACCUGAUGAUACAAGGUGGGAGGUUGCGUCACCUAUGAAUAAACAACGGUUUCAUAUUUGUACAUCUGGAACUCAAUGCACGACAAGUGUAGACACCACUCUUUCAGGACGUGAUCUAAUACAGCUGCAACUCGUCAUCUCAAUAGGGGAAAACUAGCAAGUUAUACAUUAUUGGGAAUGGCCCAUGGAGCAGGAAACGCACAGAAGAAAGAAAUAUAACAAUCAGAAGGAACCGUUUGAAAUCGAACCUGGGACUGAGAAGUAAUCGUUGUCUUUGCUAUUGUUCUACUGUACGGUUUCACGUCGGCGUGCUUCGACAACAGGCAGCGGCGGAUCAAACGGUAGACGAAGUAGGCGGUCGCCUAGGGCCUCGCCGUGUUGGGGGCCCAAAUUUGUGAUUUAAUUUAUAGCACAAAAUCUAUU